UGGAGAUAAGGAGGUGCUAGUUUUUUUGCUCGAUUGCGGUAACCGACCGCCACGGUGUCGGCUGACGGCGCCACGACGAACCGUCCAUUCGCUCGUACACCGGCACUCGCGUCUGGCGUUCGUUCCUCGCAUUAUCGCCGCCAGUGUCGCGUGCUCUCACACUUUACACAUCAAUGGUGCUUGUGGUUCUUUACAGAACAGCGACGACACUUCAACACAACCGGGAUCCACUAAAGAAAUCAUGGACAAGGAGCACGCUUUAGAGGAAAUGAUGGGGAAGCUAGGAGAUUUCGGGCGAUAUCAAGGUUUCCAGUUCUUCCUUCAUAUCCUGGCUGCGCUGACGGCUGGACUGCACAUGCUAUCCCUGGUGACGGUGGCUGCGGUUCCGGAACAUAGAUGCUGGAUUGAUGGAGUAGACACCAACGAAACAGUGGCCGCAUGGAAUUCCUCAGAAAUAAUUGCAGCUAUACCUCGAACUCCUGCUGGCAAUCUAGAGAACUGUUUGAUGUACAAUGAUUUCAAUGAAACAGUGAUCUGCGAGAAAUGGGUAUUCGAUUCGCGAUACAGAACAUCUUCUCGUGCCAUUGAAUGGAACCUCGUCUGUGACCAAAGGUGGAGAGGCGCAUUAGCUCAAACUGUUUAUAUGUUAGGAGUUUUUACCGGGGCUGUAUUUUUAGGUGGUUUAGCAGAUAAAGUUGGGCGCAAAACAGUAUUCUGCUGGUCGGGUGUACUACAGUUAAUAUUAGGUGUUCUUGUAUCAUUCAUACCAGAAUAUUGGUCAUUUUUGGUUGUUUCGUUUUUCUAUGCAAUUUUUGGAUCUGCUGGAGCAUACAUCCCAGCGUUUGUGUUAACUAUGGAAAUUGUUGGGCCAAGUAAAAGAACACCAUGCGGGGUUGCAUUUCAAUGUGCUUUUGCGUUUGGUAUAAUGCUAGUGGCAGGAUGGGGAGCUAUCAUAGAUAACCGACAAAUUCUUCAAGUUGUAUACGGACUGCAUAGUCUACUUCUUAUUCCACAUAUUUGGAUUAUGGAUGAAUCACCUCGUUGGCUUUGGGCUCAGGGAAGACCGAAAGAGGCUGUAGACAUAGUUCAAAAAGGUUUGAAGUGCAAUGGAUCCGAUGAAGUUUUGGAUAGAGCAGAAUUAGUAUCUAAGGGUAAAAUUGAAUCUUCUAAAGUAACUAAUGAGCCUUCUGCAGGUAUUUCGGACCUCUUCAAGACACCCAAUCUCCGAAAUAAAACGUUAAAUAUUUGCUUCUGUUGGUUUGCUAACUCUUUAGUGUAUUAUGGACUUACACUUAGUACUGGUAAGCUUGAAGGGAACCCGUACCUUAUAACAGCUGUUUUUGGUCUAGUAGAACUUCCAAGUUAUGCUGCAGUUAUAUAUUUUCUUGAUAUUUGGGGGCGUAGGGCGCUUAUGUGUUCUAUGAUGAUCGUAGGCGGCAGUGCAUGUAUUAUCGCCGCUUUUAUUCCCACCGGCACUAUUAUAUCAACGGUAGUCGUCAUAGCAGGCAAAUUAUUUAUAGCUGGUUCAUUUGCUAUAGUAUAUAACUAUUCUGCGGAACUGUUCCCUACUGUAGUUCGUAACUCUGCAAUGGGUUUGGGUUCAAUGUGCGCUCGGUUAUCUGGAGCAUUGACACCUUUGAUCACGUUGCUCGAUUCUUUUAAUCCUAAAAUUCCUGCUGCAACUUUUGGACUAGUCGCUUUAGUCUCCGGUUUUCUGUGCUGUUUCUUGCCAGAGACUAUGAAUCAAACAAUGCCACAAUCUUUACUGGAUGGGGAAAACUUUGGGAAAGGUGAAAAUUGUUUCAAUAGUUGCACGGGGAAACCAGAAAAUGUUGACGCUUACACUGCUAACGAUAAAGCGGCAGAGGUAAUGGUUCCUUUAGAUGAUGUUGAUAAGAAAGCGUAACAAAAUGAAUGAAGGUUAAAAAAUAACGUCUUCAUGUAAAACAAUAUUUACCUGCAACAAAUCGACGACAAAAAGUCCGUCCAAAUAAAUUAAUUAAUUAUUACCUAUCGCUUUACACUGCCUUACAAAUUAAUAAAGGAGUAGACCGUAAGAAGUUGCUCAUGUUCAGAGGUUCACUUCAGAUAGGUAAUAAUAGGUAGGUACAUUAACUUCCUAUUAGGUACUACUAACCGAAGACAAUAAAAUAUUGGCUGUUUCAAAAAUUGAAACACACGUGCAGCGUUCAGUUGUUCAGUUAUUAAUUAAUUUUAUUAAAUAGGUUCCUAACCAUGCCUUGUAAAUUAUUGUUAGGAUAUUAUUAUAUUGUCAGAUUAAAUCGUGGAUUUAUAUCUAAUAUCAUUGAGCAAACGGAUAUAAAAUGUACCUAAGAAUAGUAGGUAGUAGGUACGUCUACUGUAAUAAACAUAGUGAUAUCUGUUAACUAAUUAUUCUUGAAAAUUGACCUAUUUAUUUUAAUAGCGUCGUAUGAUUAUGAGAUCAAAGAUAACUGAAUUAUUGUUAUGUAAGAACUAAGAAGUAACCUGUGAUAAUAAAUAAUUUAUUAUACCUACUAAUUUAAGACUUGUAUACCUAGGUACAUACAAAUACACUAAUGUACAAACAACAAACUAGGUACAAAGUACAAACGAUGGGUACAAACCUAGCUAAACGUUAGAGAUCAUAAUUAAAAAGUAAUUAUCUAAGUAGGCAAUACAAAGGUUAAUACAAUCUAGGUAAAAAUUAUAUAUGUUAACGCUUUUCUUAUCAUUGAAAAUUGUUAAGUUUUAUGUUGUUAUGAUGCGACAGUUGAUUGUUAAUAAUUCUCGUUGUUUUUAUUAUAAGUACCUAGGUUCCUAUUCUACUCGACAGUCCGUGGAGAUUACUAGAUUGAAUUAGGAUUUUACAAAUUACCUACCUACGUACUAAAAUUUAUUCUGCAUGAGUUCAAAGUAAAAUGGAGAUUUGGGAAGUUCAGCUAUAAAUAACGGCCGAAAUUAAUAAAUGUUAAUAACCUAUCGGUCUAAGUUGAUUAUACAUUAUGUUAUAACAUAAUGCACAGAUCCAGUUAGAUUGAUCUAUUGCUUUUAGCCGCGUUGUUAUUUGCCACAAUAAUUAUCAUAUAGUAAAACUUUUGACAAAAACAACGUUGCUUUACGGCCAAAAUUAUUAUUCUGUCGAUAAAUUAUAUUGUAUUUAAAGGUUGUGAUUUGUCAAAAAUUGGAUUAUUUUGUUGACAAAUAACUACGUGGAUCAGUAACUUAUCGAGAAAUUCCAGAUAGAUUGAUUAUUAUCAAUUUCGGCCGAAUAUAUUGGAUCAAUACCGGAUAAAUGGAUAAUCAGAUAAUUUAAGAUUAAUAGGUAAGUAAACGAAAUACCUAUUUACCUACUUAUUUACUUAUUUUGUGCUCGUAAAAGGUUUUUAUUGAUUAGUUAGUAGGUACCUAAGUAUGUAGAAAUGCUUUAGUAAAAAGUCUGUAUUAAAAGAGUAAUCGUUUUAAGUAAGUAAAUGUUUAAACACAAAUGUUUACCUCUAAGUUAAAUUAUAUUUAAUAAAUAAAGAUAUAUUUUUGCAAUAAAUAAAUGGUAAGUUA